GAGAGGGCGAGCGAGAGAGAGAGAGAGAGAGAGAAUGCCGUAUUGCAGUUGCUUCCUCGAUCGGCGGAGAGCCUUUCGUAGAAGCAACGAGGAGGAAGAAGGUAAGAGUUAUAAAGCAAGUAAAGCAAGGCGACUCCUAUCUCUCAUCAACGCUCACUCUCUCGCAGGAUUUUUGAUUGAAGAUUGUUGAGUUCUAUUGCCUGAUCUCUUUGUCAACGUUGCUCCUCAUUUUGUCUCGGAUUUCAAAGGUCUUCUUCGUUAGUCCUUGCCUUUUGUUCCCUCAUAAAGGGUAAACCAGAAAGAGCUUCUGUGUUUGAUCAGGAAAUUUCAAAAGAAAAAUCUUUUCUUCAUAUCACUUAAGACAUCUGAACGAAUUUGUGAGAUUCGUUGGUUUUAGAUGGAUUAGAUUUGUUGGGAAAUUUCCAGCAUUUCUUUCUUGAGCCACCGAUUUAAGGUUUUCAGUUAAUCCAUCAUUAGGGUUUUUGGUUGCUGGUAUCAAAUUUUUUGGGAAUUGACUAUCUGCUUGGACCCCUUUAACAAUGCCGCCAUUUAUGUCUGCUUCAAAGGCAGUUGGGAUGUUGGUAUCGCGUAGAAACGGUGUGGGAAUGUUGAUGGGUUCUUCUAAGAGUAGUCGACAAUUCAAGAAAUUUGUACAGGGGCGAUGCUUGAGUAGCAUGGCGGGUAUGGAAUCUACAACACUUGAUAAUUUAGUUGGUACUGAUCAAUAUAUCAAAUCUUCGAUUGGGAGCUUGCAAAAUACUGUACAAAAAAGGUGCUUCCUUGGUUGCGGUGAUGGGGAGGAGGGCAAUGUUCUUUCUAGGAAUUACGAGGAGAAGCGUGUUAUUGGAUACUCUCCGGAACAGUUAUUUGCCGUGGUUGCAGCUGUUGAUUUGUACCAAGAUUUUGUUCCAUGGUGUCAGAAAUCUGUGAUAAGUAAGCGCCACAGUGACGGAUCAUUUGAUGCUGAGCUGCAGAUUGGCUUUAAAUUUUUGGUUGAGAGCUAUGUGUCUCAUGUAGAGCUGAACAAACCAAAGUCUAUAAAGACGACCGUGUCACAGAGUGGUCUUUUUGAUCAUUUAAUAAACAUCUGGGAAUUUAAUCCUGGGCCCGUUCCAGGAACUUGUGACCUUUAUUUCUUGGUGGACUUCAAGUUCCAGUCACCGCUUUAUCGUCAGGUGGCAUCCGUGUUCUUCAAGGAGGUUGUUUCUCGACUUGUUGAAUCAUUCACUGGCCGCUGUCGUUUGGUUUAUGGACCCGGGGUCCAAGUACUUGAAAAUUCUUAUGGGCAGGGGGUAUAACACAGGUGGUUUUAUUUAAAUGCACCUCACGAAGACAUGGAAACCAUAGAAUGAUCACCAGCAUCACCGAAGCGGCAGUUCAAUUGCUGUAUCAUGGUCUGGCUAAGUAGAUUCAACAUGCCAAGGAUGCCUCUUGCUAUCAAUUUCCUUAGUGUCUCAUUAAUAUUGGUGACUGUAAUUGGAAACUGCUCACACCUCACAUUUUGCUGUUUAUCUUUUUUUCUUUUCCCCCAAUACUAGUUGGUCUUCCACCUCGUAGGCUUGGAUGACAGGCCGUUGUUUCUUUCAUUUUUUGGCUCUCCCUACUCCCCAAAGUGAUCAAUUUGUCUCAUUUCUGUAUAUGGAUUAUUUCCAUUAGCACUAUAAUUUCAUGAUAUUGUUUUAACCA